CGAGAUUUCAAUAUGACUGUAUAACUAGUAAUAGGCCAAUAUUGACUCCUAAUGACCCUAAGGCCACUUCUAUUGUAUGAUGCAUAGCAGUAAUGAAUAAACUCCUCUUUUGUAAAAAAAAAAAAAAAAGGACCAUCUUAUUUAAUAGUCUUUUUUUAUGAGAAAUAGGUUAUUUAACCUAUUUUUACUUACAACAAUAAAUUUAAGUAAUAAAGAAAUAGACAUUACGGAAAAUAAUGAAAUUAGAAAAAUUAGUAAAAAAAAGAAAAAGAGAGGCACUUGAUAUCAGUUAGGAGUUGGUUGAGCAAGUAGGGAUGGAGUUGGCAAACAAAGUGGGAGACGCAGUGAGCAAAGCGCUAAACAGCAACAAAGUGUUGAACGUGGUGUUAUUGGGUGCAUUUGGGCUGCUAUGUGCCAGAUCAGUGCAGCAACAAAGGAACAUGGAAGUUCUCGAGGCAGAAAAGGAAUCAUUGCUCAAUUCUAAUAAAGCAAUGAAGACAACCAUGUGGGAUUGGAAAAAACAGCUUUUUGCCGAAGCUGCUUUACCCAACCCCCUUAUUCCACCCUCCAAGCUUAAAUCCAUCUAUGGAGAAGUCCAAACUGCCACAUCUUUUUCUGAUAAUGGCCAUAGAAGAGAAGUUGAAGCUGCUGUGCUCUGGAUAAGGUUGGUGAGGUUUCCAGGAAUAACUUUAUUAAAAUAUUAGAGCAACACCAAGACCAUAUGCUUCCUUUUGAUAUCUACCUUCUUUUAUUUAGGUAGGGACGCAAACUGCAGUGAACUUGUGAUAUCUUGCAUUUGGAUAUUUGAUUGAUUCCACUACAGAUUAGACAUGGUUAUUCUCGGUAAGUUUGCAAUAUUGACAGGACUUUCUUAGUCGCUGCUGAAGAACCGACUUGUUUAGAUCAUAUAGACAUGAUAUCUCAACUUAUUUGGGAUUGAGGCAUGAUUGUUGUUGUGAUUAAAUUUUGUACCUCUAAAGUGGCUAUUAAACGAUUAGAAUUACCU